UGUAGCUUAAUCAAAAACAAGAGAGAAAAAAAUGGGGAAAAAUUAGAUAAAAAGUGAAACAUAGGAACACAACCAAAAUAUAUAAGCACAUUUUUUUAUCUAUUUCUCUGAUGUGAAUUUUAUUAUAACAAAUGAGUAGCUAAUAUUCGUUGAUAAAAUAUUUGAUUUUACUAUUUGCCAAUAUUCAAAUAGCAUUUUCUGCAUUUAUAUUUUGUAUUCGCAUCCUUUUUUCAGUUUCAUAAUUAAUACUUAUUUUCUCAUUUCGUAGACACCAAACACUGCUCAGGAGUGGCAAGCCAUAGAAGAAGCUUUUGCUGAAAAGUGGAACCUGCCACACUGUGUUGGUGCCAUCGAUGGAAAACACGUUAUGAUAAAAGCACCAGCAGGGGGUGGCAGCACUUUUUACAAUUAUAAAAGUUUCAACAGCAUUGUGCUGAUGGCAUCAGUUGAUGCAGAUUAUAAAUUUACAUUUAUUGAUGUUGGAUGUAAUGGACGAAUAUCAGACGGAGGAGUUUUUUGCCCAAACAAGUUUAUUUUCGAUGCUAGACAAUAACUUGCUUGAUCUGCCCAGCCCAACACCUUUGAUUCCAGGUAGUGAGCCUGUGAAUUAUUUUAUGGUUGCAGAUGAGGCGUUUCCUUUGAAAUGUUAUCUGAUGAGGCCAUAUCCUGGUAAAAAUAUCUCUCCUCAGCAAAGGAUUUUCAAUUAUCGACUGUCCAGGGCAAGGCGUGUUGUUGAAAAUGCAUUCGGGAUAUUAUCAAAUAGAUUUCGUAUCUUGAUGCAACCAAUACAGCUGCCUCCUGCGACAGUUGAUAAAAUUGUUUCUGUAUGUUGCUGUUUGCAUAACUUUCUACGAGAAAGACCGUCCAGGCAAUUGUAUACACCAAGAGAACUAAUCGAUCAUGAAGAUGAGGACUUUAAUUUUAUACCUGGAUCAUGGCGAAAUGAGGAAUCGCUAAGUAAGAUGAAAUCCCUGUGUAAACAAAAUGGUUAUAACACAGGGUCUGCUGAAGCAAGGCUAAUGCGAGAAAAAAUUUGUGAUUAUGUAAAUAAUGAAGGAAAAGUUGCAUGGCAAGAUAAACAUAUAAAAUAUUAUUAAUUUCUCAAUAUAUGUUAUUCAAUUUAUGUUCCCUGAUUUCUCAAUAUAUGUUAUAAUAAAAGAUAAAGAAAUAAAGAUUAUUUAUAA